AUCGUUUAGUGCGCCUGCGCUAGAAUUUUGCUUGAAAAACGCUCGAUUACAGCUGCCUGUCGCUUCAUUGAAAGAGUGAGAUCUUGAGGGUGUUUGUAGUCAGAAGGUCAGACUUUUUCCACGAUCCCGAUGCUGGCUCUGUCCAGGUGUCCGACAGCUUUGAGCUGGAGACUAUCACUGCGCUGCUCUGCCCUCCCUCUGGGGAGCGCUACCAUGAGCAGCCAGCCCUCCACCGCAGCCAGGCCCCAGUUUCUAAGAACCCAGACUGCUCAGUUUCACCAAAGUAAAGCCAAAGCCAGUCCUGUCCCUGACCCAAACAAGCCCUCCUCAGUAUUGUCCACGCUGGACGGGGAGCUGUUGGGGAUGGGGAUGUGGUCGUUGGGUCUGGGUGCUGUAGGAGCUGCACUUGCUGGGAUCUUCCUUGCCAACACUGAUCUGUGUCUGCCUAAAGUUGACCAGGCAUCAAUGCAACACCUUGAAGAGGCCGACCUGCGCUCCACAAUAGAGGAUGACAACGUCAUUAAAGCAAAGAGCCUAUGGGAAACGAACGGGGCUGUGAUCAUGGCCGUGCGGCGACCUGGAUGAUUUUUGUGCAGAGAGGAGGCCUCUGAGCUGUCCUCUCUGAAGCCCCAGCUUGAAGAGCUCGGGGUCCCUCUGGUCGCCGUGGUGAAGGAGAACGUCGGCACAGAGAUCCAGGACUUCAGACCACACUUCGCUGGGGACAUCUAUGUAGAUGAACAGAAACACUUCUACGGCCCGCUGCAGAGGAAGAUGGGGGGUCUGGGGUUCUUUCGUCUCGGGGUGUGGCAGAACUUCAUCCGAGCCUGGAGGUCCGGUUAUCAGGGCAACAUGAACGGCGAGGGCUUCAUCCUGGGAGGGGUGUUUGUCAUCGGAGCAGGAGAUCAGGGGAUUUUCCUGGAACACCGUGAGAAGGAGUUUGGCAAUAAAGUGAAGAUUGCAGAUGUUUUAGAGGCUGUUAAGAAAAUUGUGCCAGUGAAAUAAAUGUUUUUUAUUCCUAACAAAUGGCAUUAGACAAAGGUACACUGUAAUUAGAUCAAAACUAGAACUAAGAAUGUGCAUUUUUAACUUGAGUCAGUCCAUCACUGAAAUACUGAUAUUAUAAUGACAUCCAAGUCUGUGUGUAUUAAUAUCACAAUAUACCUCUGUCUUUUGCACGUUAAUUUAUAGUGGGUUGUCAAAGUGGAGCUGAGCCAAUAUUAUUACAGGAUUUGACACUGAUUAUUCCUUUUUACCUCUGCAGACACCUGGAAGCUAUUGUUUUUUUAAGACGGGUAUUAAAAACAGAUAGUAAGGGACUCAAGGCAGUAUUUCCAAUCAGGUACAUCAGCCAUUAAAUUUACAUUUGAAAUCUGCCUUUUAAAAAAACACAUACGUCCAUCUAAAAGCUGCAUUACACACUUGAUUAAUUAUUCUAUUAGCAGUCUGUUAGAGGUACAUUUGUAGUAACGUUCCUCUGUGUUGUCUUUGUUUGCUUCUCCUGGUCAGGCACAUGAACGGGCCUCCAACAUGGCAAACGUGUGUCUGCAGUCUGUGUGUGUGAUAAUGACGACUUGACUCCAAACUCAACAUUGAGACGGGCAGGUUUGAUGCUCAAACACAUGCAGGCUCAGCCAUUGUCGCCAUGUUGAGGAGUGUUAGUGCUGCCUGAAGCAUGUGUGUGUAUGACAGAAUGUGUGUACCUGUACAUGUGAAUAAUAGCUUGAGAAAAUAAAAUUAAUAAUAAAUAAAGAAGACCUUAUCACCAUA